CUACUGGGCGGGACGAACCGGGCAACAAGGUAGCUUACGUUGUAUAUAUCCCUGACGUCGGCAACUCAGAAAUUAGUCUGCUAAGCAAAGCUUCGGGAAUGGUGGGGAUACUGUAGUGCUAUAUCGAGUACGAAGUAGUACAAACGGUAAUAUUCUCCAUAAACAUUAUCCUAUAGUUUUCUAUUUAAUCUACCUCGGUACCUUAAACUCUUGAAAGUAAAAUUCCACCAAGUUUUCGUGUAUUAAUGGAGGAGAAGAAAGAAGACGGCGACCCGGAGAUACAGGAACACGGACCCGAGCACUGGUUCUCAAAAUGGGAGCGGCAGUGUUUAGCCGAGGCGGAGCAGAGAGAGCCGAGCGAAGAGGAGGCCGACAACGACCAGGAUAAACUAUGGCAUCUUUUUCAGAACUCCGCCACCGCCGUGGCACAGUUAUACAAAGACCGAGUGUGUCAUCAACAGGGUCUGUCGCUGUGGGUGCCAUUUCAGAACGCUGCUACAGCAGUCACCAACCUGUACAAAGAAAGUGUGGAAGCCCACCAGAGAAGCUUCGACAGAGGCAUCCAGAUAGGACACCAACGACGUAAUAAGGACAUGUUGGCUUGGGUAAAAAAGCGGCGGAGAACCAUCCGCAGGGAGGAUCUCAUCAGCUUUCUGUGUGGCAAAGCGCCACCACACAGGAGUAGCAGGGCCAGCACCAGGCUGGCCAUGGUGGCCCCCAGCCGGGCUAACUCACCGGCCGAGACCGGCUCGUCUGUGGAAGCUGACCUGCAGCCCUUCAGGGAGGCCAUAGCACUGCAUGGUUUGAGCGGUGCCAUGGCGAGUAUCAGCGUGCGCUCCGGUGCUCCAGGGUCUCCCACGCACGUUAGCGGGAGCAGCAGUGGUGGCGGCGGUGCCGCUGCCGGUGGCGGGGCUUCUUCAGGCUCUGGGGCGCUGUGCCGCAGCAGACGUAACGGCCUGCAGGACGUUGACCUGAACACUUUCAUCUCAGAGGAGAUGGCACUCCAUCUGGACUCAACAGGCUCAGCCUCUGCCGGGGGAGGAGCCAGGAAACGAAACUCCACCCAGUGUAGUGACGUCAUCACAGACUCUCCGACUCACAAACGCAACAGGAUGAUUUGAACUGCUGAGGAACCGCCACACUCGGGGGCAGGGGCGGAGGAAGCCUUGACCGACGGCUUUGUGUUCAUCGUCGUCUGCACCGGAGGCUCCCAAGUUCACUUUUACGAUUGUCGGGUGAGCUCUGUUCUUUGUCUCCCUUCCCUAGUCGAGAUCUUGACAGGAGCGAGCAAACGUGGCGACUCGGGAGGUCCUGGGCGAGCGCCGGCGUGUCGCAGGGUCCGGGAUCAAGACAGUACUCCCAUGUGCUGCUUAACAUGCUAAAAGCCACUUGAUUCUUGACACGAUUGUGCCCUUACUCCCUCUGACCUCACCCAGCACCUUAAUAAGGAAGUGAGGACGUACGUCAAACACUUCCUCCUGUUACUUGACGGUCUGGUCCGGUCUGCGCUUGUGAGGACACCUUUCUUCUUUUACCACCAGUGUUCAUCAUUCUCGCUUUCUUUCCACUGCUUACAACAAUGAUGGCAAACUUUUUUUAUUUAUUUUUUUUUUUGCGGCCACCUUUUAUUUGUUGAGGACAGUUGACAUUUUUUGUCCUCUGAAUAACUUCCCCACUUUUGUGCAGUCUUGCUCUUUAAAAAAGAAGAAAAAAAAGUGGCGGCCCUUUUGUGUGAUUGUGUGGCUUUUCUGAUGAGUUGCAAUAAGGCUUUUUGCACUUAAGACUUCAACUUCGGACUCAUGCAAAUAAAAUCGGCUCUUCCGUCGUGUUCCGCUCGUAGCCUCUCCUGGUUGUAAACAACCAGCGGCCAAUUGUCACCCGCUUUGCCGUCACGCGCGGGAGAACUCUGUCUCCCCGGUACGGAGCCCACCGUCGUACCCCCCCCAGCAGGGCUCAUCAACUGAAAAUCGGUGCUGUAAGAACAAAAGGAUUAUGUUCCGUGAUGUGUUGCAGAAGUGUCUUGAUGGCAUUGUCAAGCUGUGCUCACAGCGCAUCUAAAAUGUGCUUUGUUUCCAUUUGAUGCACUUGUCAGCUGGUAUCUUUGCUCAAAUGCUGCGACCGUUUUUUUUUUUUUGCCUUAUUUGCAAAACACACGUCACUUCUAGACUCUGUUGAAUGAGUACAAUUGGAAAAGAAAGCAUAUUUAUUGACUUUAAUAAAUGAAAUCACAAUGAAUGAAUGCAUUUAAGCCUUUGUCUGUGGACCACAGUGACGUCACUGUCCCCCCCUUAAGUUGUAUAAAGCGUGCCAGUUUUAUUUCUCACCAAUGUUACAGUUUGGUCACAGAUUUCACUUUAGCAUUUAGCUUGGCUCUUAUUCCUGCAUGGAAGCUCGCUAGUUUUUUUUGUUUUUUUUUUUGCAAAAC